AUCAAAGAUAGAUUAAAAGGAGAAUAAGUUUUGUGAGAAAAAGAUCUAAAAAAGUAAUCUUUCACGAUGAACCUAUUCCAAAUUCUACAAAUAAAACUAUUCAAUGGUUUGGUCUUGAUAAAUUUGAACCAGAACGCGCAGUAACAUCUCAUUUUAUGUCAUCCAAAGCUUUGUUCUUUAUUCGAUUACCAUUUGUUAUGUAUAGUUUUAUUGUAAUGUGGGUUGAUAUUAUUUAUACAGCAAUUAUGGGUGAAUUCAAGCAUUUUUUUGCUUAUUUUACCAAUCUUACUUUUAUUGGAUUACACGCUUAUUUAAUUACUACGUUGUAUCAUCAUAUAAAAUAUUUAUGGACACAUCAAACUAUUAAAAGACCAUCCUCAUUUCUGGAUCAACCUUCUGUUCUUAAUUAUCUUUAUGUUUAUUUAUAUCAUACUAUCAUUGUUUACAAUCUUCAAACACCUGUUGUUUUCUGGGCCCUCUUAUCUAAAGAAAAGCUCUUUGAUGCUCAUUUAACGCCUAUUGAUUUUUGGAUAAGUAUAUCAUUACAUACAGUCACCUUAUUUAUUUUAGUCGUCGAAGUUUGUUUAAAUAGAAUGAUGAUAUCAAUCAAAAUGAUAUUUUUAGUAUUUGGUACUGUACUCAUCUAUCUCUUUCUUGUAUUUAUUAUUUAUUCAGUUGAAAAAUGGUGGGUAUACUCUUUUCUGGAUUGGAGCUUUGGACCUAGUAUAGCAGUCUGGUAUAUUGCUAUAUCUGUUUUUAUUAUUAUUUGCUUUUUCUUUCAAUUAGCUUUACAUAAGUUACGAGAUUUGAUUGCGCAACGCUUCGUGUAUUGUGUAGAAGUCAAGAACAUGGCAUCAACAGAUAUAGAAAAAGAGAACCCUAUUUCAAUCAAUCAGACAUCUAACUUUGGACUAUUAGCAAGCACUAUUGGUGGAGGAUCACGCUUUACAUUUGGUACUGAAUCAAAUAUAGAGCUUCAUUCAUAAUGAUUUCAAGUGAAUAUUAUAUACAUAUUCAUAUUUAUAUAUA